AUGGCUGAGAUUGAGAAAUUCGAUAAAUUGAAAUUGAAGAAGAUAGAAAUGCAAGAGAAAAAUCCACUGCCUUCAAAAGAAACAAUUGAACAGGAGUAG